CUUCCUCCGUGUGUGACCGACAAAACAGUGUUUGCCCCAAUCUUGUAAAAUUUGUCUGCACAUAGAGAUCAAGAAAGAAGCUCUUGCAAGUUGUAAUUGAAAAUUGAGGGUGCGUGCACAUUAAUUAUUUGCUUCAGUUCAGGCUGCACUAUACCUGUGUUACUUUCAAAUCUAUUUUGUGGGGUUAUUAGUUCAAGAAAUUCCUGAAGCCGUGUGUGUAGAGCAAGACUUGUGCUCAAUAAUAAUGCCUCCGUGUAUUGUGAUUUUGUGGUUCCUCAAGUUCAUGUACUUCGACACCUCAUACCUAAAUUGUAGUUGGAUUCAUGGGACUCUGAUCCACAAGAUCAAUUUGAAAAGAGGUUCGAAACUUCUUCUUCCAUUAGCAGACAAAAUUGAACAUCAAAUUAUUGACUCACCACUUUAACAUGGUCAUUUUUGUUCUUUGUUCUGAUUAUAUAAAUUCACUCAUAAAGCAUAAUUUUCCUCUCAGUCUAGUUAUCUGCAUAAUUGGGGUUAUAAAGUCUAGUUAUCUGCAUAAUUAGGGUUAUAAUGGAUAGUUAACAAAUUCUCUGAGUUACUAGCCGUGAGUCUAUCUGUUUUUUUUCCUUUUGUUUAUCAAAGAGAAACAUUUGAAGGGAAUUGAAAUUAAAUUCGGUAUGGUUAGUACUUGUCACUAUUGAACGUAUUAUUCUAAGUUUGUUUAUACUAAAAGGGUGCAUUGGUUGCAACCUAUUUAGACUCAUUUCCUUGAUUGAUCAACAUAUUAAGAAUAUAAGGUAUAGUAUUCUACCAUCACAAAGAAGGAUUACUUACUAUACGUGUCAGUCAAUCAUUCAUGUGCCCCCAUUUUCAAUCAAAUAAAGCUUUGGGGUCCAUUAAUGGAUAGCUACUGACCCACCACUCCAUUGAUGAAAUUCACAGGCUAUUAUAACACACCGUUACUCACUUUGAUUCAUGAGAAUUGACUAAAUCAGAAUCUGCCCCACAAUGCCUUUCGUUUUAACUUUUAUCUGUUUUAUCAUUUAUUCAUUGGCUCACUUUGGUCCUUAUAUAGACAUUUUAUGCUUGACUGAAUGGUAAGUGACAGAAGGGGAAGGGAAAUUGUGCGGUGAAAAGCACCAAACGCUGGGGUUAAUCCAGAUAUUGCUUUCAUAGCUCAGACAAAAAUACCUGUAGCCUUCAAUGAAAAGGGAAAAGCCUACAGACACAAGCCUAGGUUCUAGUUUGAAUGUGAAAGCCAUGCAACACAAAAUAAAGAGCCACAUUUAAGGCACAUCCAUCUACCCCUUCUGGAUCCCAUCACCUGUUUCAACCUUUCCAACCUAUCUUACAGAUUUUCUGUCAUAAAUAGAUGAGGGGUGAAAAAGUGGGAAGAAAGAAAGUUACACUAAGCUAAGUGCCUAAAGCUGUAAAAAAUGCAAGGUAUAAUUGAAUCAAUGAUAUCUAACUGUUAAGGAACUCCAUUUUUUUUGUAAUGAUGUAUAAAUAAUAAUUAUUACUGAUAUGUUUAAUGCAUCAUUUGAUCUCAGAUGGGGACCCACUAUUUUUCUUAUUUAUAUCAAACUGACUACCACACUAUUCUCCCAUAUGCACCUUACCUUUAGCAGCUUCUCUCUCACACCUUUCAUUUAUACAAAACAGCAUCAUUCUCCUUUCUGCUAACACUUUAACUAGCUUUUCUUCAUGGCUCUCUUUCUCUUUGCUAUUUUAAUCUUCAUGGCCCCUUCAAGCAAUGCCUAUUGGCCACCUUCACCUGGCUACUGGCCAAGUUCUAAAUUCAGGUCUAUGAGUUUUUACAAAGGCUUUCGAAAUCUCUGGGGCCCUCAGCACCAAAGUCUAGACCAAAAUGCAUUAACAAUCUGGCUUGAUAGAACCUCAGGAAGUGGCUUCAAGUCAGUGAGGCCAUUUCGAUCCGGUUACUUUGGGGCUUCCAUUAAGGUCCAACCUGGUUAUACUGCAGGAGUUAUAACAGCUUUCUAUCUCUCAAACAAUGAAGCACAUCCUGGUUUCCAUGAUGAAGUGGACAUUGAGUUUCUUGGGACAACAUUUGGAAAGCCUUACACUUUGCAGACCAAUGUUUAUAUAAGAGGGAGUGGAGAUGGGAGAAUUAUAGGCAGAGAGAUGAAGUUCCAUCUCUGGUUUGAUCCAACCCAAGAUUUUCAUCACUAUGCUAUUCUGUGGAGUCCCAAGGAAAUAAUAUUCCUAGUGGAUGAUGUGCCAAUAAGAAGGUACCCGAGGAAGAGUGGUGCAACGUUUCCUCUGAGGCCAAUGUGGCUAUAUGGUUCAAUAUGGGAUGCUUCAUCAUGGGCAACCGAAGAUGGAAAGUACAAAGCUGAUUACAAAUACCAACCCUUUGUGGCAAAGUAUUCGAACUUCAAAGCUAGUGGUUGCUCAGCCUAUGCACCACGGUGGUGCCACCCGGUUUCAGCCUCACCAUAUAGGUCCGGUGGGUUGACCCGACAACAAGACAGAGCCAUGAGAUGGGUGCAGAGAUAUCUCAUGGUUUAUAACUACUGUCAAGACCCGAAGAGAGAUCACAGUCUAACACCUGAGUGUUGGGGUUGAAGUGUUUGAAGUGUUUGAAGUAUCGAAGAUUAUUUGGGAGUGAAAAUAAUGUUACUUUUUUUUGGUCGCGAAAACAAAAACACUGUUGUCUUGUGAUUUGUUUUGUUUUUUUGUUUGAGAAAGUUUGAUUUAGUUUAUGUGGGUCAGUUGUGAUGGGGCCCCUAGCUUGGCAGCUGCAUAAUGCAAGAGUACGGGGUUUUGCGUCCAAGGCUCUCAAGACACGAGAAUAUUUGGAAGAUUGUGUGUUUUGUUUUUCUUUUAGACAGAGGAAAAGGAAAAGGAAUAAUAUCAAUGUCUAAGUCCAAUGAAAAAUGGGUCGGUGAAUGUGGCACCAUUGAGUGCGAAUACUAAAAAAUCACACACUUUAUUUAAUAAUGUUAUUGUCAUUUCAAUGAUGAAAACCA